AUGAGGGAAGGUAAGCUGAGGGCGCUGGGGAGUGCCCUGCGCAGGCGCAAAAGGUUUUUCGUUUUCCCGCGCCUCACGGUUUGCUUAUGCCUGGCAUUUGUUCUGAUGGCGUGGCUGUCCGUAGCCUUCUGCUUUUCUCUUCUGCCCCACUUCAAGCUGAGUGGCGAGAAGCGGCAGACGGAGGCCCCUGUCGGCGUCACGACGCGCCUGGACCGCGUCACGGACCCCGUGAACGAGCUCGUCGCCGCCACGCUAAAGCAGCUGCACCACGGCACCUACCUCGUGACCAGCCCGCUGAACGACGGGUCUGGAGAGGCCGUCAAGUUCGUCUUCAAGGCGGAGUGUCGGCCCGCGUCGCAGUGGCACGGCCAGCAGGGGUGGAGCGAGGUCGCCGUGCAUCACUUUCAGCGGCUCUUCUACGGCGGCGACGAUGUCCCGUACCCGCGCGCCGAACUCGCCCGGGGCGUGGUGGUCGCCGUCACCGAGGCGCAGCUGCGCCGCAUCGUCCACGCGGACCAGUGCGGGGUGCUCAACGGGAACGCCACGACGCGGGUGCUGGAGAAUUUAGUGGGGGGCAAAAAACUCCUGCGCGGGGCCCAGCGGGGUGUUCCGGGGGAAAAUCCACGUGCGACCGUCUUGAUGAUUGGCGUGGCCCUGACGUGGCGGGAUGGGUACAGCGACGACAGCUACCCCGCGUCGGCUCUCUACGCCCCCUACUUCACCGUCCCUCCCUACAACCCCGAGGUAAAGCGGGAGCCCGUUCACCGCUUUGCCUUGUAUGAGAUGUCCGACGUCAUGGUGUUUGACUACCUUUUGUUAAACGCGGACCGCGCCUUCAAUAAGAACUGGUUCCGAGACACCGCGACGCAUCUGCACUCAACGCUCAUGGAUAAUGGUUGGGCCUUUGCGGGGGAGCGGUUUGGGUCCUCGGUGUGCGAGGUGGAAAGCGGCCUCCUCCGCUGCCCCUCGCCGCUGCUCACGUGGAGCAGAGGACGACGUCGCCUGUGGCGGUGCCUUCCCCGAGCCCCUGCGAAGGCGGCCGCCGAAUCUGCAGCCCCCGCGGAGGCUCGCCGACCCGGACUGCUGAAAUGGUGCCGUUUCCGCCCUGAGACGGUCCGUGCACUCAAGCGGACACGGGAGCAGUGGAUUACUGCCCAGCAUGCGGAGGAGUCACUCUCGCACCGGUGGGUGGAAACGAUGAGGUCAGACGUCCUUCUUGCGUUCUUGCUGGAGGCCUACGGCUCGCAGACAUCGAGAAAAGGGUUUAACCAGGCCCUCUCACGCUACAUCCGUGGGUGCCCUUCAUUUUCGGCCCCGGUCCCCACCGAGGGGGACGUAACCUCGCAGAAGAUCCUGCACGCAUUGAAAGUUGGGCUGCAGCAUCGCAUGGACAGGUUGGUCGCUCACGUGAGCGCCUGUCUGCAGGCGCACGGAGAUGCCUACGUCUAUGCACACGAUAUUGAGGACUGA